AUGGCAGGAAGUUCUGACGACCUCAAAGACGAUACACGGGAGGAUAUUGCAGAACCAGGCUUAGAUGACAAUUGUCUGCUUGCAGUCGCUAAUAAACUUGGUUGUGAAUGGGUAGAACUGGCAUCUGAGUUGGGCUUUACGUUGCAUGAGAUUGUUACUAUUGAGGAGAAUUACAGAGGCAGAGUAAUAAGGCAAGGCUGGACAAUGCUUGUCAAAUGGAAACGGGCCCAGUCCACAAGGCUUGAACAGCAGAUUACUGAGUUGUGCACAUCAUUGAAAAAGAAAGGAAGAGAAGAUAUUGUCACAUUUCUUCGAGGUUUUCCAACAAUGUCAGUGGAGAUUCACAUGAUCAGCAAGGGGACGCAGACCGCUCCAGUUACUAUUAAUCUCUUGAUGAACUUGUCUGACUCAUCAGAGGAACCGAAUAAAAUACGUCGAAGUUUAUCACAUUUCCUAGCAUUAUACCAUGGAGUGCUUGAUUUAGUAAUAUCUGGAUCUGUGAUAUGUGUUGUUCGUAUGAUGAGUCGGGAGGGUCUGAACAAAUUCUGGAGUAUGUACACCACUGGAGAACUCGCCAAUAAACUGACGAAAAUUCUCAUAACGGAAGAACUGACAACAGAAGAUAAGAGUGACUUUGCUAUCCAGGUGGCGAUACCGAAAAGCGAUUACGAUAAGGCUUGCACAUUCUUUGACGAAUUGGAAGAAGACCAGCGAAAAGAUAAAGAUCCAGCUGAACGUAGCGAUCCAGCUGAACACGCUGAAGAGAGAUUGACAGAAAAAAUGGAGAGAUUGCCUACGACCACAGAGGGCUCAAGCGACAUGAUGAAGGUAGAACAGCUUGGAGGGCGCAGCACAUCCACGACAGCUUAUAGUAGCGAUCCAGCUGAACACGCUGAAGAGAGAAUGGAAGAAAAAAUGGAGAGAUUGCCCACGACCACUGGUAGGUAUUCAGUGGCGUCAAUCUGUGCCGGCGAUUGGUGGGAGAUGACCAAAAUCCUGAAACUGCCCGGCCAUUGA